AUUCUGAAAAUUUUAAAACAGGGAAACAACUUUUUUUUAUCAGAGCAAUUCGAUUGCUAUAAGGAAACACUAGUCCCGUUUGGAGGAAGUAUCAAAUACUGAUAUGUUUUACAUCAACAUCGUGAUGUGUGUACGAGGAAGUAAAUAGAUUACAUUGUGAAUUAAACUGUGCAUAGCAAGGUACAGAAUUGAACGUUCUGCAUUUCUAUAAUGCUCCAAUCAUUAAUUAAGGUUGCAAUCAUCGUCCUAUCCUUCAAGAUCGUUUGGAUGGAGAUGUUGAGUAAAUGUAUUGGACACAGAAAUGUCUGUACUCCGACAUUUAAAAAAGAGUCGCCAAAAUUAACACAAUAUGAAUUUUUAGAGAAAAAUGAUUUGCAAUGCUGUAAAAACAUUUUAGUGAGCGAUCAUAACAUUCACUUCAUUCAAAAAGGACUUUUUUCAAAGUUUGUCGAACUAGUAAACCUCUCCCUUCAUAAUCUUCCUUUGGAAGGCGAAGCAAUAAAAAACAGUUUGGGGAAACGGUUAAAUUUAACCCAUCUGAGGUUGGAAAAUGUUGGCCUGAAUAACACACUAUUGGAAUCCCUUCUUCCUUCUUUACCAAAAACGCUGAAAUUGUUGAGUCUUAUGAACAACAGUCUCACAUAUUUUUCAACGAAUUUUAUUUCCAAUACAACAGUAAAAACACUAGACCUCUCUCAGAACCAAAAUAUCACCAUGAUGUUAGAUAAGGAAGCAUUGAGCUUGACACAUCUCGAUCUGUCGCAUUCGAAUUGUGAGUGGAAGACGUCUCAAGAAAGCAAACCUGUGUGUAAAAUACCAAGCUUACUUGAAUUGAAUUUUGCGGGAAAUCGUUUAAAUUUGUCUACCUUUGACAAUCGCAACGACGAAAAUUGUUUUUGGUACUUGAUCUCGCUGGAUCUAAGUUUAUGCGAUCUAACCGAGCCUAUUACCAAUGAAAGUUUCUCUUUUUUCCCAAAUCUAACAUCGUUAAAUUUGGACGGAAUUUCAAACAUAGAACAGUUUCCUUCUUUUCAAAACACAGAACGUCUUACCAAACUGAGUCUAAACGACGUUAAAUACUUCGUUAAUCCAACACUCAAAAACAUGAACAUUUUCAAGAAUCUGCAUAAAUUGCGACGGUUGGAAAUGCAAUAUUGGGAACUAAGCUUGUGGGGCGAAACAGAACUCACUGUUCUUUUUAGCCCAAUGAUUAAAACCCUGGAGCAUCUGGAUUUGAAAUCAACAGGUAUAUCAACAAUUCCAUUGGUCAUAAAAGAAAUGGAUGAAUUAACGAAAUUAAUUUUAACUAGCAAUAACAUAUCGUCAUGGAGUUCAAUUUCAGAAAACACAAAUAAAAAUUUAAAAGCUCUUUUUAUGGAGUGGAACUUGAUAGAAACUGUGGAUCCGCAUUCCAUUCCUAAAAGAGUCUUUGACCUCUCCCUUGAAGGCAAUCCAUUUUUAUGCACGUGUGAGCUGAUGCCCUACAAGAACUGGGUUAAAGAGAGAAAAUUAACAAAAAUAAUAAAGGACUGGGCGAGUAAAUACCGAUGUUCCAAACCUCAUCAAUGGGCAGGAAAAACUCUAGAUAAAUUCAGACCCAAAAUAACUGACUGUCAAGAGUUCAAUGCAUACGUUAUCACGGCCAUUGUGCUGUGCUUUUUGAUGGUCAUCAUUGUCAUUGCAACAAAUAUUUACAGCCGACGAAGAAAACAAAACAUACUGAAGAAAUUUCAGUACACCCACGAUUCCAGUGAAAAACGGAAGCUUUUGUCCUCUAGCUAGUUAACAAUCAAAAAUCUUUUUCAUUAUAUAAAGACUGUACCACAAGAAAAUAGUCUUAUACAUAACGGUUAAUAUCAGUUGAAUAUUUUUUUCAUUUCAGUUUCCUAUAGAAAAGAAAGUGAUCUCUAUAUGGUAUAUCAUUUUGACAACUAAACUAAAACGACAGAAUAACCGGGUGAUUUCCGUUGGGGAACCAUACAGUCCACACUAAAAUAUAGUGUUACACGAAACAGAUCAGUUUCUUGGUUUUAGAAUAAUUUUAUAAUUGGUUAAGAUGGGGUAUUGAAAUGGUAACUUUUUUUGUGCUGAUACAAAUACAUCAUUACAAGUUUAUGUGCGGCGGUAUGAGCUGUGCACGAGACGGACAAGAGACCUUCCAUACA